UCAGCGGCGCCCGGGGGUCUCGCGAUUCUGGGUCGGGGACUGGGAUUGCUGGGGCCCGACCGGGACCUCCGCUCCCGGUGCCGCUCCUCCCACGGGCUCCGAUGGCGGCGGCCGCGCUGAGGGACCCGCCUCAGGGCCGAGUGACGUUUGAGGACGUGGCCGUCUACUUCUCCUGGGACGAGUGGGGGCUCCUGGAUGAGACCCAGAGACUCCUGUACCGCAGUGUGAUGCUGGAGAACUUCGCACUGAUGGCCUCUCUGGGAUUCACAUCUUCUAGGACCUGUGAAAUUACUGAGUUGGAGCGGUGGGAAGAGCCCUUUCUGCCUCCCCCUGGAGUCAGGGCUGCAGCCGUGCCAAGAGGUUGUGGGCGUGGAGCUAACAUGGAGGAGCCACCUUCUGAGCAGAGUGCUGAUGGAGAAGGAGUGCUCAGAGCAAAGCUUCCCCAACAGCAGAAGCUGAAUUCUGGAGAGAAACCCUUAAGAAGAGAAGAGGAUGAGGAGGGUGGGAAGGACUCCCCAGCUGGCGCUGGUCUUCACAAGCAUCAGGUGGCUCAUGGUGGAGGGGCGCCGCACACAAGCACCAAAAGUGUGGAGGGCCCUCCCCCUGGAAAAAGGCAUUACAGGUGCAGCGAAUGUGGGAAAGCCUUCGGUCAGAAAUACUUACUUGUUCAGCACCAGAGACUACACACUGGAGAAAAGCCUUACGAGUGCAGCGAAUGUGGGAAGUUAUUUAGCCAUAAAUCCAACCUUUUUAUCCACCAAAUAGUUCACACCGGCGAGAGGCCUUACGGGUGCAGUGAAUGUGGAAAAUCCUUCAGCCGCAACGCGGACCUCAUUCAACACCGGAGAGUUCACACUGGAGAGAAGCCUUUUACAUGCAGUGAGUGUGGAAAAGCCUUCAGGCACAACUCCACUCUCGUUCAGCAUCACAGAAUCCACACUGGAGUAAGGCCUUACGAGUGCAACGAAUGUGGGAAAUUCUUUAGCUUUAACUCCAGCCUCAUGAAACAUCAGAGAGUUCACACUGGAGAAAGACCUUAUAAGUGCAGUGAAUGUGGGAAAUUCUACAGCCACAAGUCAAGCCUUAUUAAUCACUGGCGUGUUCACACCGGAGAAAGGCCUUAUGAGUGCGGUGAAUGUGGGAAAUUUUUUAGCCAGAGCUCUAGCCUCAUGCAACAUCGAAAAGUUCACACUGGAGAAAAGCCUUUUAAGUGCAAUGAAUGUGGAAGGUUCUUCAGUGAGAAUUCUAGCCUCGUUAAACACCAGAGGGUUCACACUGGAGCAAGACCUUACGAGUGCAGGGAAUGUGGCAAGUUUUUUCGUCACAGCUCCAGCCUUGUGAAACAUCGGAGGAUUCACACUGGAGAAAUGCCUUAUGAGUGCAGUAACUGUGGGAAAUCAUUUAGCCAGCGUUUCAACCUCAUUCAACACCAGAAAGUUCACAGUGCAGAAGUCCUGAAUGCAGCCAAGGUGGAGAAGCCUUUAACCAAAGGUCUGCUCUGAUUCAGCAACAGAAACCUCACAACCCAAACAGGCCUUACAAAUACAGGGGACGUGAAGAAAGGUUUCAGCCAAUGGCUUAAGCCCAUUUGGCACCAGAAAGUUUGGACUGGAGAAAGGCCUUAAGCGUGCACGGUAUGUGCUAUCUCCUUGUCAACCUAAUUUAAACACAGACGCUCUCAGAGUAGCCUUUAUGAUUGUGCCAACAACUGAGUAUCAUUCAUCCAAACAUGGACACUGGGGCGGGAUGAGAACUGGUGACAUACUCCCUUCCUGAGAGACUAGCCCUCUGCCUGGGAGCUUCCUGUGUCCUUGGCUGUAUCAGUCUGGGCUGGGGUUUUCAUCUCUGAGUUUGGAGUGGGGGCAGAAGGAGUGGUCUUGGUUCAGAUGUGACUGGCUCUUGCUGUACUUCCAUACUACUAGAUUUUCUUAACAUUUAUUUAAUGUUUCUUCACUUGCUGUAUAUCCUUAGGGUCAUUUCCAGGGGCUUUAAAUGGUGUUUUUUUUAAAAAAAUAGUUUUCACCAGUUUCACUGGGAAGCGGACCUGCAAAACUCACACUGUCAUGCUGGAAGUUGAUCCAAGUAUUUAAAUUUUAAAGAACUUGCCACCUUGUGUUCUAAAUAGUUAUGCCAUGUCACAUUCUUCCUGGAGUGUACUAGAUUUCCAGGUUCCUCACAUCCUUGUUGACCUUUGUAUGUAAGACACUGGCCAUUCAUUUCAGCCAUUCUAGUAGCUGUGAAGUAGUAUUUCAUUGUGGUUUUAAUUUGCAUUUCCUGAAUGACUUCUCCCUGUGUAUUUGCCAUCCAUAUAUCUUCUUUAGUGAAUUAACUGCUCAAAGUUUUUUGCCUAUUAUUAAAAGAACUGUCUUGCAAUUUCUUAA